AAACGCUCACGGUGACGGUAACGGUAACGGUAACGGUGCCCAACUCAUACGCAAAUUGAAUUCCCUUAGAACCUCCGGAGUCCGGAACCUCUCAUAUCAUACGCAAAGCUCGAAUUGCAGAAGCUCGUUCCAGGUUUUUGUUUUGUUUCUUAGAUGAAUCUACUUGUUUUGUUGCGGAUUUCGGUGUGGAAUUGCGAUUUUUGAGAUCUACUUCAUGGGAUUAUUCAUGCGAUUGGUUUUAUGCUGUUGCUGGAUAGUUCCACUGGUUCCUGAGAAUACCACUAUGAGUGAUUCCAGGGCAAAUGAAUCUGCUAUUGAAAAUGAGAAACGCGUUGCUGAAAAUAUUUCUUGUCGUAGAAAGAUUGUCUACAUUUGGGAUAUGGAUGAGACGCUCAUAUUGCUGAAAUCGUUAUUGGAUGGGACAUAUGCAGAGGCAUUUAGUGGUGUGAAGGAUGUACGGAGGGGAAUUGAUAUUGGAAAAUUGUGGGAAAAAUACAUUCUUGAUGUUUGCGAUGAUUAUUUCUUUUAUGAACAAAUAGAAAGCUACAAUGAGCCAGUUAUUGAUGCUUUGAGCCCAUAUGAUGACGGGAUUGAUCUCUCUGAUUAUGAUUUUAGCCAAGACAACAUUGGUCCUCCCAAAGAUGACCUUAACAAAAGAAAACUUGCAUAUCGUCAUAGGGUCAUAGCACAGAAGUAUAAGCAGGGCUUGCAUUCUAUACUUGACCAGAAGAAAAUUGAACUAUGCAAUGAUCUGUAUGAGAUGACUGAUAGUUACACUGACAGGUGGCUUUCCUCUGCACGGGCCUUGCUGCAGCAUUGUUCAGGUAAUAAGGAAUCCACAACCGUUGAUGAUACGGAGUUCCAAUGCAUUAAUGUCUUAGUGACUGCUGGGUCACUGAUACCAAGCCUAGUCAAAUGCUUACUCUUCAGAAUUGACAGCUUGAUCACUUAUGAAAAUGUAUAUAGUGCAUGGGACGUAGGGAAGCUUCGUUGUUUCACGUGGAUCAAAGAGCGUUUUAGUGGGCCUGAUGUGCAGUUCUGUGUGAUUGGGGAUGGAUGGGAAGAGUGUGAAGCUGCUGAGUUUCUGAGGUGGCCAUUUGUGAAAAUCGACCCAAAACCAGACGGCCUCCACAGGUUCCCUGGUCUCACUCAAGUAACUAUAGGCCAUUAUCUCUCUGUUGCUUAUGGACGUUCUGAUGCUGAAGCUGGAGAUCAAGGCACUAGCACCACUUCCACUGUGACACAGACAAAGCUUCUAUGAGAGCUAAUCUUGUACAGAUCAAGUCUAUAUGUUUAACCUGUUGUACGAAGUUGAUUUUUUGGUCACACAAACAUUUUUCUUCAUUAUUGGAAUUGUUCAGCAUUUAGGCAUUUCCUUUUUUGUUGAUUAUCUUGAAAUCUCUAUUACUUACAAAUGGACAAUAUCUACAAACGGCGGGCAACGAAGGAACACAGUUAAAUCUUAUAGGUUAUGUAAUAUGUUCCCUUCAUCUACUGUAUUUCAUAUACUUUUUUAAUGAUUACAACUGAUUUUUGUCGA